CGCGUUCUUUCCCUCUGACAGUGCAAAUAUGGCGGAAGAUGGAGAGUCAUUGGAGUCUUGGCUCAACAAAGCCACAAAUCCUUCCAACAGACAGGAAGACUGGGAGUAUAUUAUGGGAUUCUGUGAUCAAAUCAAUAAGGAGCUUGAAGGUCCACAAAUAUCAGUCAGACUAUUGGCUCACAAGAUUCAGUCCCCUCAAGAAUGGGAGGCACUGCAAGCAUUAACGGUUCUUGAGGCUUGUAUGAAGAACUGCGGUCGAAGAUUUCAUAAUGAAGUUGGGAAAUUUAAAUUUUUAAAUGAGUUAAUUAAGGUGGUUUCACCCAAAUACCUUGGAGACAAAGUGUCUGAAGAAGUGAAGAAGAAAGUGAUAGAGAUGUUGUAUACUUGGACAGUGUCUCUACCAGAUGAAGCAAAAAUCUGUGAAGCGUAUCAGAUGCUGAAGUCACAAGGUAUUGUUUUAGUUGACCCAGAAAUCUCUCUUGAUGCCACUUUAAUACCACCGCCUUCUCCUCGACCUAAGAAUCCUGUAUUUGAUGAUGAGAAAAAGAGCAAGAGAUUAGCAGAACUCCUGAAGAGCAAAAAGCCAGAAGAUCUGCAAGAAGCCAAUCGUCUCAUCAAGAACAUGGUCAAGGAGGAUGAGGUGAGAAUGCUGAAAACAGCAAAGCAGCAAAGCACACUGGAAGCUGUCAACAACAGCGUCAAACUCCUGAAUGAGAUGCUGGCUCACUUCAGCCCAGACGACUCCACAGAGGGAGAUAAGGAGCUUAUUAAGGACUUGUACAAUGAUUGUGACAAGCUCAGGCAAACAGUGUUCAAGCUGGCUACUGAAACUGAGGAUGAUGACAGCGGCUUGGGAGACAUCUUGCAGGCCAGUGAUGAUCUCUCUCAUGUUAUUAAUUCCUAUAAGAAGAUUGUGGAAGGGCACACUGUCAACGGAGACACCGAAGUUACACAAGAAACACAAAUCUCAGUCAAACAAGGUACUGCAAGCUCAAACCAGUCAGAAAUUCUCAUUGACCUGGCAGGCCUUGACAUCCAGAGCCCCUCUCAGCCCAAACCGAAACCUCAGUCAUCUCUGCCUUUACCGGCUGACCUACUUUGUGGAUCGGGAGCAGCUAACCCUCAGCGUGAGAGUUUUGGCAGGUCCUCUGCAGCACUGUCUUUACUGGAUGAAGAGCUGCUUUCUUUAGGCUUCAAUGAACCUGGUCUGAGUGAAUCAACACAUGGAAAACAGACUGAUUUUUCAUCUUUGCAGGGUUCGGGUCAGCAGUUGGAUCUGUUUGACACCAGUUUGCCUACACUCCCUGCACUCUCAACACCAUCACUCUUUCUAGAUGCUCUCUCCACAACUACAACAAUAAUAACCGUGGCAAGUCCCACCAAAACUUCAACAACCCCGUCUGUUUUAAGCGUCCCUGGCUCGGUCUUUUCCACACAUCCGUUUUCUGCCUCACUUGAUUCAGCAACAUCAGUCUCCUUCCCACAACCUCUCAGUUCAUCACUGAUCAAGAUGCCCCCAGUUGCUCCUUCUGAGUCAUUCAGCUUGACCCCAGCUGCUGCUUCAGUAACCUCGCAGCAGAUCUCUGCUUCAUCUGGAGACAUCCAGUCAUCAUCAUCUUCUCUCAGCCACAGUUUACAAGACCUUGCCAUGCUGGAUCUCAGCAGUAAUAAUGAUGGUGGUACCUUCACCUUAUCCACAUCACUGACCCCAGCAGGGAACCAAGGAUUGUCUGCUCCUUCAACUACCAAAAGUCACAUAGAUGACAGCCCUUUGUUACGCUCUCUGUCCCCAAUUCCCCUCCUGAACCAAGUCAGUCCAGGCAAGGGACAGGAGGUGUCCCUGGCUAAUAUAUUUGUCCCUUUGGAGGCCAUUAAGCCAAGUAAAGUCUGUCCUGUGACAGCGUAUGACAAAAAUGGCGUUCGUGUUCUGCUGCAUUUCGCUAGCGACUGUCCACCAGGAAGGCCCGACGUACUGGUGAUGGUGGCAUCCAUGCUCAACACGGCCCCACAGCACGUCAGAAACAUUGUUUUACAAGCAGCUGUGCCCAAGACGAUGAAAGUGAAGCUGCAGCCGCCCUCCGGGACAGAGCUGGCUCCUUUUAAUCCGAUUCUUCCCCCUGCUGCCAUCACUCAGGUCAUGCUGCUGGCCAAUCCUCUAAAGGAAAAGGUUCGGAUAAGAUACAAGCUGGUUUUCACACUGGGAGAGCAACCAUUCACAGAAGUGGGGGAGGUGAAUGAGUUUCCACCUGCAGAUAGAUGGGGCGCUCUUUAGUCAUCUUCUCUACCUCCUCUUCAAGACUUCUUCAGCCGUGUAGUUUGCCACUACACAACAUAGGUCAAAACAAAGAAUUUUAUGUUUAUUAAGAAUUAAAAUGGACCUCACGGAGUUUGAGACAGCCCUCUGCAGUAGACAUCCAUCUUUAAUCAGCAAGAUACUGCAACCUUACAUGAAGUAGUUGAACAUGCACCAUGACUGUUGAAAUUGAGUAUUUGCUAAGUUAUUAAGUUGCUGUUAUUACCAUCCAUUGGUUCUCAUAUUUCCUCAUUUUUCAGUUAUAUGAGAGCCUAUUGAAGAGCAUUACCUUGCAGUCUUAAAUAAAGCAAAAACACAUAUUUAAAGAAUUUGACACCAUGGACAUAUUGUAUGUACAUGAAUUACAUCCUGACUUUUACAUUAAUAACUUAUGAUAUAUAUAAAAAAAUUAUAUACACAAAUAUUUUCUUGAAGCAGAAAAAGGUUCCCGUUAUUAGAUGAGAGCACUCAUAUGUGGGUUCGUUACAGCUGGUUGAUCUCAUCAACACUGACUCAACGUUAAUUUAGAAUAUUCCUGCAUAUUAUUUUAAAUCUUGUUUUAAACUAUCUUACUUUGUGCUGUGUUCAAGGUUUUUGUAUUGUUUUGAAUGCAUUAUUUAUUUUGACUUGUAAAGUAUUAGCUUUGUUAAUAUUCUUUAAAGGAUUGCAUUCAAAUGCUGUAUUCCUUCUGCACACUCUUAUCAUUUGAUCAAAUAGUUUAAUAAGUUGGUAGUGUCUUGUGUUUUAAUAGGCUUAAAUACCAGGCAUUCAGACUACUUACAUGUUACAUUAAGCAACCUAUAUGGAGGACCAAAAAUGCCAAAGAAAGUUAAGUAAAGAAACAAAGAAAUUAGAGUGAUUUAAAAUUUCUACAUUCAUUUAUUGUUUUACAUCAAUUUGUGAUAUAUGCUGUUAUCUUUCUGGAUUUUGUUGCUGUUGUAAUAAAGUGUCUCCUUCAUAGUUCUAGAUUACUAUUAGUCCCUUAUAAAAAAGAAGCUUCUCAUGCAUGAACAAUCCUUCUUAGAACAAAGUUAGAAACAAAGAAAAGCAGGAGCCUCAGUUUUAUCCAGAGAACACCUUCCAGAGCUUUAAAGCUAAACCGUCCAUGUAAAAGAGCCAAACUGGGUCCAUUUCUGCUGCAGAAUCCCAACCUUAUUUCUGCAUCACUUUCUGAAACUAUGCAGGCGUUGAGUGCAUGAAUCGCAUGUUUAAAAAAAUAACGCAGUUAAAAAGACAGGUCGUGGCAGUUUCCGCCAUCAGUGUCAAUGUGUGUGUGUGUGUGAAUGUAAAGCGCUUUGGGUAUCAUUUCAGAUACAGUAAAGCGCUAUAUAAAUACAGACCAUUUACCAUUAAUGUGUUAACUUUGACAGCCCUAAUCAAAAUACAUGAAUUAAUGUGGAAAUGAAUAAUAAAUAUGGAUGCAUUUAGAAAUGGAUAUCUAGAAAAAUUGAUAAAUUUAGAGUUAUUAAAUCAAAAAUAUAGACUUGUGUAUUCAUUUAUUUGAUUAUACAUUUUGUUUCUUUUUCUGGCAUUCUUUGUCUUCCAUAUUCCAGCGGUGCAUUCUGACAAAUUUCAUGUCUAAAUAGGAUUUAUUUUUAGAAUUUCCUUGUGGACAAAACAGCCACCCUGUAGAAGAUACAGUAUCCUAGAAGAUAAUAAAUGGGAACAAGUGACUGCAUAUUUAGGUGGAUGUACUUAAAGAAGACCUGACCUGCUGACGGUUGAAGCUCUGAAGAGGAAAAGGUUGUAAUUUUUUCCACUCUAGAUAUAUACUGUACAUUUGUCCUGCUCCUGCUACUGUUGGUAAAGAAAGUGAGCUAAAGGGGUAGAUCUUUUUUUUUU